ACCUUGUAACGUUUGUGGCAAGUCUGGCAAGACUUAUAUUUCAUUUGGGUCGGUUUCAACUUUAUAUUAGAGAGAGAGGGCGAUUUUCUAUCAAGCGAGAGUCUUGUCUGUCGAAUAACGGGCGUAGUGGCGUCACAGCUUUUGAGAGGAACCACGUGUUCUGCAAAAAAUAGCAGGUCACGGUUUCCCUCGUGAGGCAGCGCUCAACCAGAACAACUGACCGGUAAGAUUGCAGAUUACCAGGCUCAUAAGUCGCAGCUGUCAACCGGUGCUGUCCUUCUCGUCGAAAACAUGGUGAAAAAGGCUAGAAGUCCCGUCACUUACGCAAAAAUGAAGGGAAUAGUUUCAUAUUUUACAGCUUUAAUUAAGGACAAGAAGCUUCGAUCCAGCCACCCUGUCUAUCGACAGAUGGAUUUCUUGCGACCUGAGGGUAGUCUUUCUGAAGCUGAUGGAGCAGCAGCUAUUCUUCCUAAGGUUUACAGUAAUCCACAACCAGAGGAGUCACAGUCUCGGGUUUCUGUUGCUGAUUUUGACUACUUGAAGGUGAUCGGGACAGGAAGCUUUGGCAAGGUGUUCUUGGCCACACAAAGAGAGAAUGGCAGAUAUUACGCAGUCAAAGUUCUAAAGAAACACAUCAUCUUAACAAGGAAGGAGGAAAGAAAUGUCAUGUGUGAGCACAGAGUGUUGUUAAAGACUCUUAAUCAUCCAUUCCUGGUGAAGCUCCACUUCAGUUUUCAGACUAAGGACAGACUCUAUCUUGUGCUGGACUAUGCAUGUGGAGGAGAGCUCUUUUACCAUUUGCAGAGAGAGGGGGUCUUUGGAGAACCCAGAGCCAGAUUUUAUGCUGCUGAGAUGGCAUGUGCUUUAGGAUACUUACACUCCCUGAAGAUUGUCUAUAGGGACCUGAAACCAGAAAACAUUCUGCUGGAUUCUGCAGGUCAUGUGGUUCUGACCGACUUCGGCUUGUGUAAGGAGGGAAUGAGUAGACGUGGCACCACCACAACCUUUUGUGGAACGCCAGAGUACUUGGCACCUGAGGUUCUCCUGCAGAAGGAGUACGACAGGACUGUGGACUGGUGGGGUUUGGGAGCUGUCCUUCAUGAAAUGCUCUAUGGCUUGCCUCCUUUCUACAAUGCAGAUCGUCUUGAGAUGCUCCGAAAUAUUAUUUAUCAGCCAUUGGUAUUAAAACCCAGAGUCUCUAGUGGAGCCAGAGAUCUGCUGAAGAGACUGCUAAACAGGGACAGGGCCAAGAGACUAGGAGCAAAACAUGACCUGACCGAGCUGCAGUCUCAUCCUUUCUUCUUGUCUAUUAAUUGGGAUGAACUUGUUGCAAAGAAAAUUCCUCCUCCUUACGUUCCCUUAUUGUCUGGUCCUGGUGACCUCACAAACAUCGACCCUCGGUUUACAGGACUUCCUGUUCCGCAGUCGUUAGGAGCAUGUCAGGAAUACGGAGCAACCUUUCCUGGCUUCACCUAUAUCAGUGAAAACAUUCUCCCGCUGACUCGUGGACAUUAAGACAGAAUAGACAUUUUGUCUGAACAUGUUUUUAAA